AUGCGUGUAGGUGAGGUGACGGAAUGGAGACGGAAGCGCAAGCACAAAGUCCGUGACCGUUACCUGCCGUUUGUUCCGUUGUCUGUUUCGAAGCAUGCAGCAGGGUUGGCUGGGGUUGCCACAGCACAAGCCACGAGAGCCCAUCGCGGCAGCCUCGGUGGCGGCAGUUUCCGCCUCUGUGGUGGCGGCGACUAUGGACGGAGAAGGGAGAGAACUUCCUGCGUACGACGAGCGACGAAGGAGGAGAGAUUUUGCCUCGACUGGCGACGACUCCAGUGGCUCGCGGCUGCCAGUCGGGUGGAGGUUUGGACGUGCGAUGAAGACGAACCCCUCCCUGGGUUGCCGGUGUCGGAGAGAGCAGACGGGAUCGGAGAAGCAGUGGCACGGUGGCUGGAGUUGACGAAGCAGUGGCGUGGAAGAGGCGCGGUGGCCGGUUUCGCCCAAGUCACCAACACCACCACCUCCUCCAUAAUAGCCAUGGCCUCCUCGUCGGAGCAAGAAUUCGCAGCUCACUACCGUGCACAACUCAACCGGUUCCCCAGAUCCCAGCGAUACUGGGACGGUAAAGUGGCCUCUCGCGUCGGGGAGAAGCUAGGGUUCCGCUUCAGAGAAAUCGGUGUCACCACCGUGCAAAUCGAUCCUAGCGAGGAACAAUCCCGUCCACCACACUACCGCGUCAUGGUCUCUCCCUUGUUCCAUUCCAUCAAAAACGCCGGCGUCCACGUUUCUGGCGUUCACUGAUUAAUUUACCCCAAAUUGUGAGUUUCAAUUUUGAGGGUUUUUCAUUGUUGAGCCAAUUCUUCAGCACACACAAUAAAAUUUUGACUCUGAGUUAC